AUGUUACUACUGUGGGCCAUAGUCAUCUUGCAGGUUGUGUUCGUGUUGUUUUCACCACUGUUUCGUUCUCAUUCACCUUUCUCGUGGUACUAUAACAAUAUAUAUGCCCCAGUAUUUGCUGAUCCAACUAAAUAUAAGUGGAAGUAUUGGGUAGUGCCAUUAUUCUACACGGCAAUAUAUACCUACUGUACAAUACUCUUUUACACAAAAGUCCUCCAGCUCAUCCGUCCAUCAUUGUAUAUACUAGAGCUCUAUUUAUUGCCAUUUCUAUUAUCAACACCAUUGGUCUUCGGUUGCCUCACAAUUGUAACACCGCCAUAUAACAGCUUUACUUACCAUGGACCACCAUUUCGGUUCGAUAAGAUAAUAUUCCAUGACGGCGUUCGCUGUCGGACUUGCAAAGCCAUUAAACCAGCUAGAUCAAGACAUUGCUCUAUUUGCGAUGUAUGUGUCGUCCUCGCUGACCACCACUGCAUCUGGCUGAAUAAUUGCAUAGGUUUAGGCAAUUACGAGUUGUUCUACAUGUUCUUAUUUUCGAACUGCCUAGUUCUCAGCUAUGCAACUUUACGUCUCCCCACUGCAGCUCCCGCAGGAAUCUGGAGUUCCAGUAACGCAUUCUUAUCGCUUUAUAUCCUGGUUACAUGUUUUACGGUUGUUCUCAUUAGCUUUUCAUAUACACAGAUAAUUCUACUAAAUGACGGGAUGACUACUAAUGAAAAGGAUAAGUGGUAUGUAAUUCACGAUAACAUGCGGCAUGAUAGGUUAGUUAGGUUUAAAAACUGCUAUUAUCUUCGCCUACCGCUUUCUACAGCACCCCAAUGCUUCGAAUUUUAUAGCACCAAUCCCUAUGAUCCAGAUAUUUAUGCCAUUCAACAGCAUCCUUACACUGUUAUUAAGUCACAUAUCGACAUUAACAAUAUUUAUGAUCAGGGUUCGUUUUGGCGAAAUCUUCGAGAACGCCGUUCCAUAUAG